AUGUACUUCACAUCCCUCGCCGUUGUGGCCGUAAGCCUGGCCUCCAUCUCCCCCGCCGCAGCAGACACAACGACCAUCAUCGACGCCAAAUCAAACCGCGGCACGUGGGAGGGAUGGGGAACCUCUCUCGCCUGGUGGGCAAACCGCUUCGGCACCCGCGAUGACCUCGCCGACAUCUUCUUCACCACAAAAACCACCACUUUUCGCGGCGAGGGCCUGCCUGGCCUCGGCUUCAACAUUGUCCGCCACAACGCCGGCGCCUGCAGCACGAACAGCAUCAAUGGCGAGAGUAUGGUAGUGUCUAGCAAGAUGAUGCCGUCCCGGCAGAUUGACGGGCACUGGAUCGACUACAACAACACCGACCCGGCCUCGUCCGCCUGGAAGUGGGACGUUGACGUGAACCAGCGCACCAUGAUGCAAAAGGCAAAGACCCGCGGCGCCAACAGGUUCGAGCUCUUCUCCAACUCGCCCAUGUGGUGGGCGACCAAGAACCACAACCCUUCGGGUUCCGACGGCGGCGGCGAGAACAUCCAGUCGUGGAACCUCCAGCAUCACGCUGUCUACAUGGCCAACAUUGCCAAAUACGCCAAGGACAACUGGGGGAUCACAUUUGAGACCGUCGAGCCGUUCAACGAGCCGUCUGCGAACUGGUGGAAGGCGACCGGUACGCAGGAGGGCUGCCACAUCGACGUCGCCACGCAGGCGACCAUCAUCAACUUCCUCCGCACCGAGCUCAACAGCCGCGGCCUCCAGAGCAUGUCCAUCUCCGCCUCGGACGAGAAUAACUAUGACCAGGCCGUCGCCACGCUCGAGAAUCUCGGCGACGCCGCCCUCAAGAACGUCUCGCGGAUCAACGUCCACGGGUACCAGUACGGCGACGGCGCGCGCGACAAGCUCUACUCGCUCGCCUCGGCACGCGGCCUCCGCCUCUGGAACAGCGAGUACGGCGAGAACGACGCAUCGGGCGAGAGGCUCGUGAGCAACCUGCUUCUCGACUUCCGGUGGCUGCGGCCCACGGGCUGGGUGUACUGGCAGGUCCUCGACGGCGGCGGCUGGGGCCUCAUUGACGCGGACAACGAGGCCGCCUCGCUGGGGUCGGCGAACCAAAAGUACUUUGUGCUUGCGCAGUUUGCGCGGCACAUUCGCGAGGGCAUGCAGAUCCUGGACGGCGGGGCGGACAACGUGGUGGCGGCGUACGACGCGGCGAAUUCGAAGCUCGUGAUUGUCGCGGUCAAUUGGGGCGCGGCGCAGUACCUCAACUUUGACCUGAGCGGGUUUACGCAGGCGGCGACGAACGGGGCUACGGUCACGCGGUGGAGGACGCAGAUUGGGACGGGGGAUCGGUAUGUGCAGGCGAGCGAUACGAAGAUGAGUGGGAAGAAGUUUUGGAGUCACUUUGAGAGCAAGAUGGUGCAGACGUUUGAGAUUCCGAAUGUCAAGUUGUGA